AUGGCGACACUUGGGACUUCUGGAGUUUCACAUCCACCUGACGAAGCAAAGGUUACUGAGGAUAAAUGUGAAAUAAUGUGGUCAGCUUACCCCUGCGUGGCAGCUAGUUUCAUUCACGACGGAAUGUUAUCUUUCUUUGAUGAUACAUGUACAUGGGAGACGAGGACUGUGUUGUGGCUGUCAAGUUUUUGGGACCUCAACUCAGCUUUUUCAGACCUGCUUAAAGCAACUUUGAGGGGUGGACCAACGCCACAUCAUCGGAUCUUGGGAUCUCCACAGACACAAGCAAAAGAAUCAGAGGUUGCGGCUCCAAAACCGACCAAGACCCAACGCGAGCUUCUGGAAUCUUGCUUGACGAGCGUAUUCUUGCUGGAGUCACAACCAACCAAUGAAACCUUCUUGGUUAAGUGGUACAAGAAGACCUCUCGAAAGAUCAUGAAAACAAAAGGUGUAAUGGUGUUCAAGCUAGACCAUAAAGGAAACGCUAUUUACACUCAAGACAUUUGA